CUAGACCGGGUUAGAAGUGCGCGAGCGUGCGCACAGCCACACCACACGCUUGAAUCGGUUCCUCCGGUGUAAGAAGAAGCUAGUAGCUGAGUGUAAGGACACUCUCCUGUCUGCCUGUUGAUUGUCUUUGUGGGUAGAUUAUCAGUAGUAACUCUUGCUAGUGUCUCGGUAGUAGUGGUGACCAGUCGCGUCGCGAGUAGAUUGAUCUGGUGUACGAGAGAUUAGUAAUUUAUCGACCGCGCGAACGGUUCUUCAGUUCACGGCGCGCUCAGAAGCGCGUUAGACGUUGGCGGAAGUGCAUCGCAACCGUUUUCAUCUGCAUCGCCCCCAGAAUGUCUGUUCGAGGGUGAGAGCUCCGAUUGCUCGUGUCGUGUGUGCACAAGUGUUUACCAGUAGCCAGCAGUGACUGAAGUACUAAGAAACAAUCCUCAUUGCAUCGAAUCGCAACAAAGCAACGAGAGAACUUGAACUCGAACUCGAACUCUACUAGAGCCAGUGUGGUGUCAUUGUGUAGAAGGCAGAGGAACUAGCAACCCUCACCGUAACCCGUAAUGGAUAUCCUGCAGCAGGAGAUGCGCGGUAUCGCGCUCGCCAACCUCAGCGAAUCGCAAUCGACACCGGUCUACAACACGACGACGGUGCCAUUGAAUCGCAAGGAUUCGCGCAACAUGGACCAAGCCGUAAUCCGGAACAACACCAGCUCGAACGGCGCGUUCCCAUCGUCGAACCACGACGUGGAAGGCCACGCACGACCCUUCCAGAAUCUGCCAGCCCGCGAACCGGUCGAUAUUCAGUUCAAAGAUGUCUCGUACGUCGUGGAUCUCGGAUUUCGCAAAGGCCAGAAGGAAAUUCUUCACAAGGUGAAUGGCAAAUUCCCGGGAUCGCAGCUGAUCGCCAUUAUGGGACCGUCCGGUGCCGGCAAAUCGACGCUGCUGGAUGUGCUGUCCGGAUACCGGAAGACCGGUGUCGAGGGUGCAGUGUACGUAAACGGACGUAUCCGCAAUCUGAACAGCUUCCGACGGAUGACGUGCUACAUCACGCAGGACGAUCGUUUGCAGACGCUGCUGACGGUGCUGGAAAACAUGCGUAUCGCGGCAGAUCUCAAGCUUGGCCCGGAAGUGUCUCGUCACGAGAAGGAAUCAAUCAUUGAGGACAUUCUAACCGUGCUUGGAUUGUAUGAACACCAGUUCACCAUUACCAAGCGACUUUCGGGUGGUCAGCGCAAGCGGCUGUCUAUAGCGUUGGAGCUGAUCAACAACCCCACGAUCAUGUUCUUGGAUGAGCCAACCACUGGUUUGGAUAGUUUCUCGUGUAACCAGGUGGUGGAUCUGUUGAAGCGACUUGCCCACCAGGGCCGUACGAUCAUCUGUACGAUCCAUCAACCAUCAGCCAAACUGUUCCAGGAGUUCGACCAGGUGUACGUUCUCUCGAACGGCGAGUGCAUGUACCAGGGAUGCACAAACAGCCUGGUACCCUUCCUACAGUCCGUCGAUAUGCCAUGUCCGGUCUAUCACAAUCCUGCCGAUUAUGUGAUUGAGCUGGCGUGCGGUGAGCAUGGUGAGGAUCGCAUCCAGCGCAUGGUGAUGGAGAUGGGUAACGGUGAGAGCACGGACUGGUUCGCCGAUAAGCGGAAGAUACUGAAGCUGGAGCAACUGCGGAAGAAGCACCCGCUGAAGAAGCUCAUCGAGCAGAACGAGGAGCUGACGGCCACGUCUCAACUGCACCAGCUGCAGGUACUGAUUAAGCGAGGCAUUAUCAAGGCGAAGCGGGACGCUACACUCACCCAUCUACGGAUCGGCGUGAACAUCAUCAUUGCCGCCAUGCUGGGAUUUCUGUUCAUUGACGCCGGCAAUGAGGGUUCGCGGGUGCUCGACAACUACAAUCUGCUUUUCUCCAUUCUGAUGCACCACAUGAUGGCCACGAUGAUGCUGACGGUGCUGACAUUUCCCACCGAGAUGGGUGUCAUCUUGAAGGAGCACUUUAACCGUUGGUACACGCUCAAGUGUUACUACCUCUCCGUCUCGAUCAUCGAUAUACCGCUGUCCGUAUUCUGCUGUCUGAUCUUCACCGUCAUCAUCUACCUCAUGAGCGGCCAGCCCAUGGAAUGGUUCCGUUUUGGUAUGUUUUUCACCAUCAGUCUGCUGAUCGUGAUGAUAGCGCAGAGCAUCGGGUUGACGAUCGGAGCGUGGUUUAACGUGGUGAACGGUACAUUCCUUGGGCCCGUACUGACCAUCCCAAUGAUGAUGUUCGCCGGAUUCGGUGUGACGUUGCGCGAUCUGCCAAGCUACCUCAAAUGGGGUAGCCACAUCUCUUAUCUGCGGUAUGGUUUGGAGGGAUACGUGAAUGCAAUCUAUGGGGAAAACCGCGAGACGCUCGACUGUGAGCUGAAGCCGUACUGUCACUAUAGAUAUCCGGCUAAAUUCCUAUCGGAGAUCUCCAUGGAAGGCGAUCAGUUCUGGAAGGAUGUGUACGCUCUCUGUUUUACACUGCUGUUUGUCCGCGUUCUGUGCUACUUCUGUCUUCGAUGGAAGGUCGUAUCCGUGCGGUAGACCCAGCAGCAUUACCACCGCCAUUUUCCCACCCAAAAGGAUGUUUACCACCAGCGCUCCGUACAGUUCCUGCUGCCCUACCAAACCGAUGCAUUACCGAUCGACCUUGGUAGCUGACGGUACACGUAUCCGUGUGUGUGUGUGGUUUAUGUGAUCGAAAGAAUAGCAAGCAUAGGAUGUGAUUUUUGUAUACCAGGCGUUAUCGGCCGGCGGUGCCUUGAAUGCCAAAAAUGAAGUGGAAAGCAGUUCACCAAAAAGCAUGCGGCGCAGCACCGCGAUUCCAUUGUUCCAGCCAUAUCUUAUCACGGCUCGUUCCGUUCAAGAUGCGGCACCCCCGACCGUCGUCGUGCAUUUUCUUGCUCAUUUUUAACCUGUAAAUAGUGGUCCAGGAGAGUGGGGUGACGGGCAUGGUUUGCUCGUAACAUAACAGUCCCUAGGUUGUAGGAAGCAUUUACCGAUAGUUCGAUGGAGGGAAGUAUGUUCACAGCAUGUUAGAUGCCAUUAGUUAUUGAUAGUUAAUAAAUGAUUAUCCCUUGAUCGGAGAAAUUA